AUAUCCAACGACCUCCGUCAUCCUGUCCACACCACAUCACCACCAUCGUCACCGCCACCAUUGCCAUCUACCCCAGCGAUUCGCGCGCGGCUGCACACGAGGACGCUCCGAAUCGCCAUUGCCUCUGCCCAUCGGACCGGCAUCCCCCUCCGCGUGCGUUGGUGAACAACGAGGUCCCCCCUUGUGCCACCCCGACAAAGCCCUUCACGACAACGAGAGACUCGUCUCUUGCACCAGACGACGAUGGACACCCUCAUUUCGAGAUACAGCCGGCCGGCUUACGAGCAAAAUGAGUCGUUUGAGGACGAGGCACAGGACUUGAUGAAUCCUGCGUCGAGCCUCGCCGGCAAGUUUGCCAUGCCGCCCAUUGCCCAGCCGUCUUCCUGGCUGCGCGCGGCGACGGACGACCGGUCGAACCCCGACUGCCCGAUCAAGAUUGCUCACGGCACGACGACGCUCGCCUUCCGCUUCAAGGGCGGAAUCAUCGUCGCUACCGACUCGCGAGCCACGGCCGGCAACUGGAUCGCCUCGCAGACGGUCAAGAAGGUCAUUGAGAUCAACAGCGUGCUCCUCGGCACCAUGGCCGGCGGUGCCGCCGACUGCCAGUACUGGCUCGCCUGGCUGGGCAUGCAGUGCCGGCUGCACGAGCUCCGUCACAAGCGUCGCAUCAGCGUCGCCGCGGCGAGCAAGAUUCUGGCCAACCUGGUCUACUCGUACAAGGGAAUGGGCCUGAGCAUGGGGACCAUGUGCGCCGGCGUGACCAAGGAGGAGGGCCCCGCGCUCUACUACGUCGACAGCGACGGCACCCGCCUCCAGGGCAACCUCUUCUGCGUGGGCAGCGGUCAGACGUUUGCGUACGGCGUGCUCGACGCCGAGUACAACUACGACCUGAGCGUCGAGGACGCGCUGGAGCUGGGCAGGCGGAGCAUCUUGGCGGCCACGCACCGCGACGCCUACUCUGGCGGCUUCAUCAACCUGUACCAUGUCAAGGAGGAGGGCUGGGUCAAGCAUGGCUUCAACGACACGAACCCCAUCUUCUGGCAGACGAAGCUGGAGAAGGGCGAGUUCACCAACGUGACGAGCGAGCUGGACUAGAUUAUGGGUCACUUGUAGACAGAAGCUGGAGGAGCAGACUCGCGAGCGAAGCCGCGUUGGCGGCUGUGUACUGGUCAAUGUAUCUUGUACAACAAAUACACAAGGCACUUCUUUUU